AUGGCGGCCCCCCAAGGGCCCUUGGGAGGAAGGGGCCGCGAUACGGGUGGGGCGCUUGAAUGGGUGUGCAAACAGGACGAGUUCUUCAACCUCUCGCACUGCCAGCUGGUGACGCUGAUCAGCCGGGACGAGCUGAACGUGCGGUGCGAGUCUGAGGUCUUCCACGCCUGCAUCAACUGGGUGAAGUACGACUGCGAGAGCCGGCGCCUCUACGUCCAGGCCCUGCUGAAGGCGGUGCGCUGCCACUCCCUGACGCCACACUUCCUCCAGAUGCAGCUCCAGAAGUGCGAGAUCCUCCGCUCGGACUCGCGCUGCAAGGACUACCUGGCCAAGAUCUUCCAGGACCUCACCCUGCACAAGCCCACCAAAGACGCCCCUUGCCGGGCGCCCAAGGUGGGCCAGCUGAUCUACACCGCGGGGGGCUACUACCGCCAGUCCCUCAGCGACCUGGAGGCCUACAACCCCACCGACGGCUCCUGGAUCCGGCUGGCGGACCUCCAGGUGCCACGCAGCGGCCUGGCCGGCUGCGUGGUGGGCGGGCUCUUCUACGCGGUGGGCGGGAGGAACAACUCCCAGGACGGCAACAUGGACUCCAACGCCAUUGACUGCUACAACCCCAUGAACAACCAGUGGUCCCCCUGCGCCCCGAUGAACGUGCCCCGGAACCGGAUCGGCGUGGGGGUGAUCGACGGCUUGAUCUACGCAGUGGGUGGCUCUUACGGGUGCAUUCAUCAUAACAGCGUGGAGAGGUACGACCCGGAGCGCGACGAAUGGCAGUUGGUGGCCCCCAUGCGAACGCGCCGGAUCGGCGUCGGGGUGGCCGUACUGAACCGGCUCUUGUACGCGGUGGGCGGCUACGACGGCUCGUGCCGCCUCAGCUCGGCAGAGUGCUACUACCCCGAGCGGGACGAGUGGGAGACGAUCACUCCGAUGAGGAGCAUCCGUAGCGGAGCAGGGGUUUGCGCCCUGGACAACUGCGUCUACGCGAUGGGAGGCUACGACGGCACGGACCAGCUGAACAGCAUGGAGCGUUACGACGUGGAGAAGAGCACCUGGUCGUACGUGGCACCCAUGAUCCACCGACGGAGCGCGCUGGGGGUCACGGUGCACCAAGGCAAAAUUUACGUGCUGGGUGGCUACGACGGAGAGACUUUCCUGGCCAGCGUGGAAUGCUACGACCCCACCACCGAUACGUGGGCCGAAGUGACACACAUGACCUCGGGGCGCAGUGGCGUGGGGGUGGCGAUAACCAUGGAGCCCUGCCGGAAGCAGGUGGACAACUGUGACUGUCAAAGCACCAGGGAAGAAGGGAAAUGACCGGGAGGGGGUCCCAGUAUUAAGAUGGAGCUGCUAAGUCCUUUUCUGCCAGAACCCCAGGAGAGUGCCAAAAGGGCUUCCAAACCUAUUUAAACUGCUCUGGGAGGCAACCCCUCCCAACGGACAGCUCUUAGUCUUGUGUUCUUGUCUGUCAGGAUAGCGAUAGCCGCUGAUCACGGGGACCCCUGAGUGUUAGACUGGACUUUGGGGGAUGGUGCGUCAAUCCACGAAGGAACCACCCCAAAAAUGCCUACUGCACAUUGUGGUUGUAGUCUUCUGAAAUCAAAUCACCUACUGCCGGGGGAGGUCCCUGCUCCUGACAUACCUGCAGGGAUAGGUGGUGGCAGCAUCUCUCUGCGAAUGCUGAGGUGGUGGCAGCAUCUCUCUGCGAGUGCUGAGUUCUGCAGACAUUUUGAGCAGGGACUCCUGGCUCUCGCCUCCCCAGAAGGUCCUUAGAAAGUGUAACGAGCAGAAGAAGAGAACUGGUCAGAGUGGGAGGGACAGGCUUUUUCGUACAUGACUGAUGCUCUUGCAGGUAAGUGACAGUAUCGGUGGGAACGUGAGCACUCAGGUGUGGCCAGGCCCAAGCUGUUUUUAUCAGUCCCUACAGGGAACAGCAGGUGCUAGCCUGGGUGAGCAUUGCUUGGGGGGAAGUUUCCUGUUCCAGCAGCCCUGCGCCCGACAAGAUUAUAAACGGAAGCGGGGUUUUUUGAUUCACGCUUUU